UCUGGCUCAGCUCUGUCAACCGAACCAUCAGGUCCGACUGCGGCUGCUCCAGAACCAACACGUGUUGUGUGAUGGAUGACUGGUCCGUACUCACCGCCGGCCUCCCGAACAGAGUCUCAUCCACGUGGGAACGUGUCGCUCUCCGGUGAAACCCAGAGGCCCGGCGGGUCUGACCUCCGCGCUGAACAUUGCACUUGAGCGCGUCUUCAUCCCAGUCAUUCCACCCUGACGAACUUAACUGUGCGUUACUUACCUCAGCCCUCUUCAUGACGAAUCCACGUUUACAGAAUGCUGACAGGUUUUGCAGCCACUGCCUCGGUCCAGCGUGCAGUUUUGUUGUCCGUUGCCCUGGAAACCAGGCCGCAGGUCUCCGGUUACACGGAAGCCAGCCAUCAUUCGUGUGCGCGCGCAGUUCAAUAGUUAAGGUACUGAAAUCUCAGCGAGGUGUCGGUGCGCGGAGGUGAAGAGGAACCACCGCGCGCAUGCGCGUGCAUCACUUUCCUACCUGAUCAAGACGCCGGGUCUAAGGACAGGCUGAGGAGAGGGCGCCUCCUGCUGACGGACAGGGCUGGGGCCGGGGCCGAGGCCUGUCACGUGCACCUGCUGCUCGACUGCCUCAGGUCCGGCCUGCAGGGUUGACCAUUAACCCGCUGAUUACAAACGCGGUUGCUCUCCAGUGCAUCUGCUCCUGAAGCAAAGUUCAGUCCCGGCAGCGUGUUCUGUCCCUGCUGCUGCCGCUGAGAGCCAGCCAUGGCCGCCGCAGCCUACCGUUACUACCGCGCCAGCAUAUUUGCCGCCAUGUUCCUGGGCUACACGCUCUACUACUUCAACAGGAAGACCUUCUCCUUCGUGAUGCCGUCGCUGAUGCAGGAGAUCCCGCUGGACAAGGACGACCUGGGCCUGAUCACCAGCAGUCAGUCUCUGGCCUACGCUCUCAGUAAGUUCAUCAGCGGCGUGCUCUCCGACCAGGUCAGUGCCCGCUGCCUCUUCUCCCUCGGCCUCUUCACCGUGGGAGCCAUCAACGUGGUCUUCUCCUGGUCCUCCAGCGUGGCCGUCUUCUCCGCCCUGUGGUUCAUCAACGGCCUGGGUCAAGGUUUGGGUUGGCCCCCGUGUGGCCGGGUGCUGCGCAAGUGGUUCCAGCCGUCCCAGUUCGGCACCUGGUGGUCGAUCCUCUCCUGCAGCAUGAACCUGGCCGGCAGCGUGGGGCCCGUGGUGGCCACGGUGCUGGCUCAGAGCUACAGCUGGAGGAGCAUCCUCUGGGCCUCGGGCAUGAGCUGCGUGCUGCUCUCCUGCGUCUGCCUGCUGCUCAUCAAGAACCAGCCGCAGGACGUGGGGCUGCCCAACCUGGAAGUCAGUGUCCAGAAGAGCAAAGCAGGAGCCUCCAGCCACAGCACCCUCUCGGAGCUCCUCCUCUCCCCCUACCUGUGGCUGCUCUCGCUCUCCUACCUGGUGGUGUUCGGGGUGAAGACGGUGUGCACGGACUGGGGGCAGCUCUUCCUCAUCCAGGACAAGGGCCAGUCCGCUCUCCUGGGCAGCUCCUACAUGAGUGCCCUGGAGGUCGGGGGGCUGCUGGGGAGCCUGGCUGCUGGCUACUUCUCAGACAAGGCUGUGGCUCAGCACGGCCUGAGAGUGUACGGUAACCCUCGCCACUUCCUGGUCAUCUGUUUGAUGGGGAGCAUGUGCGUCUCCAUGUAUCUGUUCCGAGUGACUGUCACUGCCUCCAGCUCCCAGGUGUGGAUUCUGAGCCUGGGCGCCAUCUUCGGCUUCUCCUCGUACGGACCAAUAGCUUUGUUCGGGGUCAUAGCCAACGAGAGCGCCCCCUCCAACUACUGUGGGACGUCACACGCCAUCGUCGCCCUCAUGGCCAACGUGGGAGGCUUCCUCUCGGGCCUGCCUUUCAGCACCAUCGCCAAACAUUACAGCUGGGACACGGCCUUCUGGGUGGCCGAGGUGGCGUGUGUGGUCACCACGGUGGGGUUCUUUCUGCUGCGCAACAUCAGGACCCAGAUGGGCCACGUACCCAAGAAAGACGACUAGAAACCCCAAGAGACUCUAGGACAACAAGGCCAGUUUAGGAUGAAAGGUGCCAGUGCUUCGGCUACUCACUCAACUCAGUUCAAUGUUGGUUCAUUUGUGAUGUGAUGUGAUGACUUCGUAUAAUGAUGAGAAAGGAACAAUAUAUUGUUUAAUUUGUAAGGUUUUUUUUUUUGGCUUUGGGAGCUUUAAUAAAUUUUGUUUUUCGUUUG